GCGGUAGGACUGGAGCAAACCACCAGGCUUGUCGUGAACCACAAAAUAAUCGUAUCUGAAUGCUUCUGACAGUCAGGAUUACGACUUAUUCCUGUUUUACUGUGAAUAAUAACAGGGCAGCGAAUUUUUUAAAAGAUAGUCAUGGCUGUUUCCUAAAAGGCGAACGUCUAUGCCUUCUUUUAGCUAACGGUAUAGCUAAAUUAGCUUAACUUCAUGCUAGCGUUAGCGUGAUAGCAGCUAACUAGUUGAGUCGUUAUGUUGCUAACAUUAGCCUAUCGAGUUAAUUGCGACAUACUUUAAACGUAAACCAGAGAAAGGCAGGACGAUUUAAAAUGAUAAACGCGCACAACGGACAGGUUGGUGCCAGCAGACACAGAGCAGUAACAUUAAAACACAUUCCACCUGUUGAGGGAAGCUAGUUUGUUUUGUUGCUAUGCUAGCAUAAUAAGCUAUCGUCAACAAGUCCGUCCACUUUAACUAACGCCAGUGCGCUGACAUGCUGUUUGAAACCUCACCUACUCGUCUCUUUUAUUCAUGUCUAUUUGAUAAUGUUGCAUGUGAAUAUAAAGCCCACUGAGGUGUGUGGUUGGCCUCACAUAACUUACUAGUUAGCCACAUUGUAGCUUUUAAGUGGCAGGCAGUGUCACGACAAUGCGACUGUCAACAGCAGACGGUCUACUUUAAUCCAAUCUGUCAAGAGUCACGGAGAGGGGGACUCUAGUAGUAUCGCUAUAGAGACAGUAAGACAUACGAUAAAGCAGAAGAUGUGGACGAUGGUGCCAACAGAGAUGAUGGGGAUAAUGUAACCUAUGUGCAUUUCUUCUCAAAGUGACAUCAUGGAAUCUGAAAACGUAACUGAUCCGUACGAAGACAACCGGGAUGUUGAUCAAAGUCGCCAGUCACUCCGGAGCACAAAGAAAGAUUCCCGAGCAUCGUCCUUCCAAAAGCACAAAAACAUCAUCCGGGACAAGAUCCGGGGUGACGGUGAAAAAGAAGUCUGUGUCGAGAGCAGAUCGAAAACCAGAACCUGGCCUUCAGAUCCAGAUCGGGACCAGAUAUCAGAUGGAGAGGGACGGAGAAGUACCGGAUCAUUUUACUCGGAGGACUAUGAGAACGAGACUCCUUCGGGCCGCUCAAUCUCACCAUACUCCCAGUCCCGGACUCCAUCCCUUACCCCUCAAAGAGGGGUGCGAUCAAAGAGGAUUUCCAACAGCCCCUUCUACAAGACAGGUGGCUUGGGGCGCCGGGGUGUGUCGCGCCCACAGCGUCCAGGUGGCCAGCCUCUGACCCAGCAGCAUCGCAGGGGAGUGCGUUCACAAAGCAAGGAGUCCACGCCCCCGAAAGACCUGGACCUGGUGACCAAGAGGAUGCUUUCAGCCCGCCUGCUAAAGAUCAAUGAAUUGCGUAACUCCCUUGCUGAGCUGCAACAGCGCACCGAGGAGCUGCAGAAGGAAAAUCGAGUUCUCAGACAGCUUCAGGUGCGUCAAGAGAAAGCCCUGCAGCGCUACGACGACACAGAAAGCGAGAUAUCCCAGCUACUGUCGCGCCACACCAACGAGACCCAGGUGCUGCGCGAGCGGCUCCGGCGCGCUCAGGAGCGGGAGCGGGCAGCCGAGCGCCGGAUGAAGGACAGCGAGGAGCAGCUGCAAAGGAGUCAGGCGACGAUCGCGCGGCUGAAGAAGCUGGUCGACCAGCGAGAUCUAGGAGCCAGAGACGAGCUGAGCCGCAGGCUAGAUGAAGAGAAGACACGGGCCCAAGAGGCAGAACACAAGAUUAAGGAGCUGGAGCGUAGCAUGGAGCUGAGCAACAGCAGUUACCAGAGGCAGCUGGCUGCAGAGAGGAAGAAGACGAUCAGUGCCCAGGAGGAGAUCAGGACUCUGCAGGAGGAGCUGGAACGACUGAACAAUAAACUCAAGGAGAAGGAGAGAGAACUAGAUGCUAAGAACAUUUAUGCCAAUCGCAUGAUGAAGCCAGCACUGAGAAAAGAUGUCGACAGUGGCGCAAAGCGGAAAAUCCCGAGCAGGAGCAGCACCAAGGCCGUUCACACCAAAGACAGAGCGUCUAGUUCUGAUUUCCCUACACCUCCCCCCGCCAUGACUGAUGCCAAUGAGUGCAGUGAACAGGCACCUGAUGAAUACAUAUCUCUCAAGGAGUAUGACAGAGGGGACAGACGGGCAGAGACGGAAGACAGACAUCAAAAGUUGGAAAAGCAGAAGAGGAGAGACGGAGAAAGAGAAGGGGACAAGCAGAAGGGGAUGUUGAAGAAAGAGCAGGAUAAAGAGGAGAGGCGGCAACUCCACCAGGAGCUCAAUGUGCUCGAUGAGAAGGCAAAGACACCAGGAGAUGGCGGGGAGAAAAAAAAAAGAGCAAGACGACAGUAGGAGGACGACAGGAAGUUCCCUGUUGAACCAGGAGGAAGAGGACAACAGGAAGCGCGGCCAUGUCCAGGAAGAGGUGGAGAGGUGGAACC